CUUCAAGUUGUUCCCAUCGGCUACAGAACCAUUGUGUGUGCUGUCAUUCACCUUGUCAUCAUUCCACUAAGAAGCUGUCCCAAAGCCCUGGGCCAUCAGCCGGUUCGACCGAUUCUCAUUCCCGUAAGAUGUCUGACAAGAAGAGGAUGGAACUAUGGGACGAAAAGCAUCACGGUGCGAGUGAUGGACAGCAGUCUUCGUCGGCUGAUCCCCCCUCGUUCCCGAGUGACCACCACCUGAGAGACCGGUUCCCCAAGCUGCACGUGCAGUGUUGCAGUCGUUCCACGCUGACAGGUACGGCAGAGAACACAUGUGACCGGUACGGCAACUGAUCAAUGGGGGAGCUACAAGCCUGUGGCAUUCUCUCUCGUGACACUGUGUCCUCAGCUCCGUCGGGACCGGUCCUGAGAGAGCCCUCUCCCUCCGGUCUAUCACCGACGGAAGAGGGGGCGGUGGCGCCGCCUCCCAGCAUCGCCUCCAUACCCGUCGGCGGGUGAGAGAGACACUCUCGGCCAUCCGCCCAUUCAGGGGUGAUGUUAUAUGCGGCAUGUGUGUUCAGGAUGCUAGAUGUGGAAGCGUCCGAUGACGAGUCGCCCCUCGCCACGGCCCUGCUCAGACGAAAGGCAGCCAACCAGUUCUGCCGCCGUCUCCCCACAAUGGCUGCAGCCUUUGGGCGUGGAGACGACCUCACACUCACGCAAGGGGGCGACACCGAGGAUGCAUUCACGCGCGUCCGCAACCCGUCCUACAUCAUGCGCAAAACACAGAGCGAGUACUUCGAGGACCGCACGGCCGAAGUAGAGCCGCGCAAACCGUCGCCUGGUGAGCGGCUGAUGAUUCUGGAGCGCCUGAGAUUGCCCCUCGAGGGCGAUGGCGCCCCGCCGGCACCUGAGAACGGAAUCGAAGACGAGGAGACGGCUGACGAUUCGCCGCUCGGGAAAGCUUUGGUGGAGCGGAAGAGACAUAUGCAUCACCACCUUGGGGCAGCGACAGCGACCCAGCAGGCGGCGCCCGAGCUCACGACAGUGGAUCAAGACGGCGAGUGUCCCUCCCCCCUCGGUGCAGCCCUCCUGCAGCGGAAGAGGUCGGCACAGAUGGCGCGGUCCACAGAGUCAGUUCCGCUCCCCUUCGUCCCGUCGAUCGAGUACGAUGACGAGGAUUCCUCUUCCCGCAUGGGCGAGGCCCUCCUGCAGCGCAAGCACACGUGGCAGCGGGCGCGGGCCGACACGGUGCCUGCCGGGGAGACCAUCCCUGACGAGCUCGAGUAUCACGAGGAGGGCGACUCUUCACCGCUCGGCACGGCCCUCCUCCAACGCAAACGGUCCGCCCGAAGCAGGACGCACACGGACCUUCCCCUGGAAGACACAGGAGACCAUAUGGUGCACUCACAUGCCCCUCCGGCACCAGUAGUCCCAGCAGCACCAGCACCCGAGAGGAAUGUCCCGCCUCUGCCCUACCAGCCAUCGUUCGAAGCCGUCGACAGGCCGACGGGCGUUCUCGGGCAGGAGCUGGCAGCGCGGAUGCUCGGGCAGGAGCCGGCAGAUGCGCUGGAGACGGCCGCUGCCCCGCCGCUGCCGAGCGACACGUCGGAUGAGAUGCCCAGUGUGAGCCAGGAUGACACCUCGCCAUUCAGCAAGGCCCAACGACGACAGCUGGCACAGGAAGGCGGGGAAGGGGAGCUUGUUGUGCGGCAGUCCGUGACUGACUCGUCACUCGGCAGUUUCUUGUUGGAGCGCAAGCAUGAGGUGCAGCGCCACCGUGACGAGCCGGCACCGGCCUCCGACCUGCAUCGGCGCAAGACCGCCCACCUCCUGGAGGAGGAGCUGCGUGAAGACAACGAAGACGCGUUCCUGAACCCCGAAGACACGAUGGUGGGAAGAGCGGUGGACCGGCCUCGAGACACCGACUACAACAUCCCUUUCCAUCCGUCGAUCGAGCACCUCGAGCGCAUGCGCGGCAGCACCGUCGGAACCCUCCCUCUGGCAGCAGCACCAGCACAGAAGCGGCUGCUGUCGCCCGAAGAACAUGAUGAGGACGACUAUGACUCGACCGAUGCGGGGGAUUCUCCGUCCGUGUUAGGCGAUGCUCUGUUGCUGCGCAAGCGGGAGAACGAGCUGUCUCGUUUGAGAGAACAGGCGGAGAUCGACCAGCAGGCGACACAGCAGGAAGACUCGCUGCUUCAGCCGCCGGAGGGGGGAGGGGACGAGGAGCAGUCAGACGACCAAUCUGCGCUCGGCAGUUUCUUGUUGGAGCGCAAGCAUGAGAGGCAGCUGCACCGUGUGUGAGUACGGGGUGGAAGGGGGCGUGUGUGUAGCUGGCUCUUCUUUUUUCUUCAAGUGAGAGAGAGAGAGACUCCAAUUGAGAGACACAGCGAGGGAGACCGAGAGAGUGAGAGAGGGAGGUAGUAGGGAUGAAGGGAAAAAGGGGAGGAUGCACUCCUUGGGCAGGCAGACCCACAGGCUGCAUUGGCACAGCACAUGCAUUGUGAUAUACACGUAUACUGUGGUUGUAUUUUUCUCCAACACACGUUCGGGUGCGGUGUGCAUGGACACGAUAGAUAGGGUACCCUGCCUACAUCACGUGGACGCAAACAAACACACAAAAUCAAUCAAUGAAUGAAUGAAUGC